ACGAAAUCGUCUGCUUGAAAAUUUGUCGAUUUAGAAAAGACGGCAGUUUUGACGAGUGAGGGAUAAAAACAAAUAAGUAACUUUAAAUAAGGUGCAACAGAUGGCAUCUGGCGAAUCUCCCCCUUACCGUGAGAAAUAUGUAGAGUUAUUUCAAAUCUGGCAAGAUCAGGAAAAGUACAUUGAAAAAAAAUGCCUAGAUAUUGAGUAUCAAGACAAAUAUAUCGAGUUUUUGAUGGAACAGUAUGAAAUCCACGCCUCUGAGAUAAUCGCAUUAAAGAAAAGUGUGGGGGAGCUGAAAACAGAAGUGAACAUUCUUAGAGAGGAAAUCAUACAGCUGAAGGUAAAUAGCGCCAACUGCCAUAAAAGGUGUGACUACCUGGAGAAUUUGUGCUGUAAACUACGCGAUAAAAACCGACAGCUGUCGGAUUUGGUUCAGUCCCUGACGGGCGAUAGCCAUGAUUCGACAUUAAACUCAACCUUUACCAUUGACGACGCAUAUGAUGAGGUGAGUUUGACAACACCUCCACGUCGACGUGAAAGAAGAGCGGACUCAGGCAUGUCCGGGGAUUUUAGGGAUGAUUUGUUCGAUCUGAUGCAGUCGACACCGGCCAAUGAGAGCAUCGACCGGACCGACACGCCCAUCCAAGACUUUCCUGUUUUAUUUGACGCGGAAAUCUUCACUAAAGACGGAUCAAGCUUGUCAUAUGAAGAUUCAGACGGGUCUUUUUGUUCAGCCGACGAGAACUCGGAUCGAUGUGAAAAGUCUGUUCAGCCUUCCUCUUCAAAACCAUCUCGUCUAAACUGGAUUAGAAAAAAGAUACGUAGUAACAAAAUAAUGCCGUCUCCAAACACAAUGGUGUGACACAAAAAAGAGACGUUUUUAGAUGUUUGUCGGUGCUUUUCAGUUUUCAAGUCAGUCAUGUACUGAUGUUCUCCUGCUUUCUUGAAAAGACCAUAUUAAAUGUAUACUUGCGCGCACAUCUACACUGCGAUACACGUGAAAUGUGAAAUAAACGAAGCGUUUGUUGCUGUU